CCCGUACGGGUUAGAACCAAGUUCAAAGGAGAUGACUGUGUGUCAGUGAUGAUGGCGCGAGGGCUAAUCCCAAAUGGGUUCAUCCCCAGAUUACCACUACCGAUAUCCAAAAUCUCAUUCGUGUCACCUAGCCAUCGUGGUCGGCGUCUUCGUCUCUCUGUUCCUUCCCCUCGUCUCUUCUGCAACUGUGCUUCUUCUACUCAUCACACUGUCGACAUGAAAACUUAUAACGAAGCUUUCUCCAACCGAAUGGCCAUGGCCGGCCUCAAACCUCAUCACCGUAUUGCAAUGGGAGUCUCUGGAGGACCUGACAGUAUGGCACUGUGUGUUUUAACUGCCCAUUGGAAAACCCAAGGCCUCAACGCAAGCUACGGUAAUGGCGAAUUUAUUGAAGGGCUCUUGGCUAUAAUAGUUGAUCACGGGCUACGUGCUGAGAGCCAAGAGGAGGCCAACACAGUUUCUAAUCGGCUCUCCAAAAUGGGAAUCAGAUGUGAGAUUGCCGAUUGUGAUUGGCCGGAUGGUCGACCUAAACAAGGUCACUUGCAGGAAGCUGCUCGUGAAAUGAGGUAUCAGAAAUUUCAGAAAGUUUGCAGCCAGAACCAGAUUGGUGUAUUACUUAUUGCACAUCACGCUGAUGAUCAGGCUGAGCUAUUUGUUCUAAGAUUAUCGCGCAAUAGUGGUGUGCUUGGACUCGCUGGAAUGCCAUUCACAUCUCAAAUUUUCUCCUCAUAUACCCAUUCCUAUGAUGAAGUUUCGAAAAACGAUGGUAUCCUUCUUGUGCGGCCACUUCUAGAUUUUUAUAAAGAAGAUAUGUAUAAGAUAUGUCAAGGAGGUAAUCAGGAUUGGGUGGAGGACCCAACUAAUCAAAGCCUGUUAUAUGUACGUAAUAGGAUACGGAUGUCAUUAAGAGACUCAUCAUCAUCUAGAUUCAAGUCUGAGCUGCAAGCUGUAAUUUCUUCCUGUCAAAAAACUCGCGUAUAUGUUGAUCAUAUUUGUUCUAAUUUGAUAAGUAAAGCAGUAACUAUUAUGGAUCUGGGGUAUGCUGUUAUGGAUUUAGAGAUUUUGAAUGAAUCAAAAAUUGAUGAUGUAUGCCUGUCAAGGUUUAUUGCCUUGGUUUUGCAGUUUAUCUCCCAGAGGCACAGACCAAUCAGAGGCAGUACUUCAAAGUUGCUGUUGGACUACUUGCAUACAUUCCCUUGUAAGACGUCCCUAACGGCAGGUGGCUGUUAUCUAUGUCCUGCCCCUGGAUCUAAAGGCACCAAAGCCCUGGUCUGUUGUUCUGUUAAUUGCCCUCGGCCUUCAACAAUGGAAUUGUUUGAUGCACACCCUUAUGCAAAAACAAAGAACCACUCUCCAAAUGAUUUAGAGCAAAUUAUAGCUGAUGGCAAAUCAUAUGCGAAUCACUUGAUUCCAGAUGCUUCAGAUGUGCAUUUUUUGGACAUAACAUCCGGAUCAGUUCUAACUGAAGCUAAAAAACUCAAUCUGCUUAGUGAGUCAACCUAUAAGAAUAUUCUUCUUUUGCAGAGUGAAGAAGUUAAAAAAUUCAGGUCUAAAACUACAGCAGCAAUAGAGUUUGAGUCGAAUGGUGGAGUGAAAUCUGCCAGUACAUAUUGGAGUGGACCACUUCUCCCUGGGAAAAUCUGUUCCUUCAUGAACCGAUUCUUUCUCAUAUGGGAUGCAAGUCAGAAAAUUACUGACAGAGCAAAGUCUGAAGAAGUUGAUGGUGAACAAGAGUUGGGAAGGGAGGGUUGGCACUGCCAUUGCAGGACUUGUGUAGUUGGUAACGACAUGGUAGCUUGGUUACGCCAUAUGAAUGAAUCUGACUGGCUGUAUCUUGCUGACUUAUCAAAAUGUCUGAUUUCAGAGAAGUUUGAACAGCAAAGUGGUCUAUCAUCUAAUAGUCUGGAGCAAAAAACUGGCAAAACAUCUCUAUGUUUAAAUUAUGCAAUGCUUUCAGCACAAAGAGCUCUUCAAUCUCUGAAAUCUAUCCCAGUUGCUGCAAGAAGAAGCCUACCAGUCAUAGUCAAUAAUGAAGGACUCAUACUAAGCAUUCCGAGUGUUGGGUUCGAGCAUUGCCCUUGCUUAACAGUAUCCAUAGAAUUCAAGCCAAGAAUACCCCUCGGUGGAGCUCAUACUUCCUUCAUCUAGCCACAUUCAAUAUUCAUUUGGAUGGAGUUCAUGAAUAAUAGUUUGUCUGUCUCCACUUUCUAUAACAGAUUACUGACCUCUCUGGAAACUUUUGAUCAUAUUACUCACCAUCAUUUAAAUCUUGGCUGCUCAAUUCGUUCUUUUGGCUUGCAAUUAUAUUGUAACAGUGUAUUUGCAAGUAUUAAUUGACCUCCCCAUAAACGAAGCUAAAAUUUUCUUGGUACAUACAAUAUGUGCAUUGUGAUAUAUUUUUCCUGUAACGAAACCAAGAUAGGAACAUUGGGCAUCUGCUUUACAAUACGUAAAAAUGUCUUUAUUUAUCAUUA